AGAACCAUCCUAAAUUAAAGUCCAAAAAGCAGGAAUAAAAUUGAAUUUUUUCACCUUUACCUAAAGUUGAUUAUACUACUAUUAUCAUCACCAGAAAAGAAGAAUCUAAUGCCCCACCUCAGGCUUCAUGGUCAUGUUUAUAUACAGGUAUAAGCCUUAACAAUUGCAAAAACAUUAGCAAUUUUAGUGUUUACUAAUUUUCUUAGCUCUUUCUUAGACCAACAGACUUGUAUAUUGUAAUUCAUCAACUAUGACAAAUAUGGUUGAGUUGAAGGUGGGAUUGCAUUGUGAUGAAUGCAUCAAAAAAAUAUUGAAGGCCAUCAAGAAGAUUGAAGAUAUUGAAACUUAUAACAUCGAUACAAGGCUUAACAAAGUCACAGUGACGGGGAAUGUCACAGAGGAGGAGGUGAUACGAGUGAUACAUAAAAUUGGGAAGACAGCAAGCAGUUGGGAUGAUCGCAAAGAAUCAACCAAUGUGUCAGCAGGAUAUAUGUGAUGUUAUUUCUGCAGUUUGUUACAAAAUCAGAAUCUUUCAUGCUAAUUCUCACAGCAUAUGAAUGAUCUAUGCAGUAGUAUAUACGCGUAACAUGUAGUGUAAUUCAAUUCAGAUCUUGUUGAUUUUACAAUUUUGAUGCCAAUUUAUCUUCCUGUUGUUCUCUGCUUGCUGAUGGCCUCAUAUAUUUCUAACAGAAAGGUCUAUACUCUAUAGGAUUCCAAAACUUUGUUCUUUACUUCAUGUUGACUACAAGAAUAAGGCUUUGGCUGA